CGCAAUCGUCUAACUUCAGUUCGAGUUCUAUCUAAAUUCGAGAUUGAUCAAUGUAUUCAUUCAUUUAUGUUGUUUCGCUGAUCGAGAAUUAGUUUAAAUUUACUCGCAAAAAAAAAUGGCGUAUCGUGCGUUAUUACGAAGAUGCACGAAUGGAUUGAGUGACAAUGGGAAUGAACGAUUUAUGAAAUUAUUUUCAACGAGUAGCAUAAAAUUGAAAGAAGAAGAUGGAUUCGAAGAAAAGAAAACUAAAGAUUAUUAUCCGAAAUCAUUGAGUUCAUGCAUACAGAAUGAUCCAUACGUACCAGCGUCUAAACAAUUUAUCAGAGAAAAUAUUGUUGUGCCAAUUACAGAAGACGUUGGUAUAGUGUCAGGUGUACCCGAAGAACAUAUUAAAACUCGCAUGGUACGUAUUUACCAACCACCUAAGAAUUCCAUGCAAUCUGGAACCAACAACAUAAAUUACUGGCAAAUAGAUUUUGAAACACGUGAACGUUGGGAAAAUCCAUUAAUUGGAUGGACUUCGUCGGGAGAUCCACAGUCGAAUUUAAAAGUUGAUUUUGCUACCAAAGAAGCAGCUGUCUUGCAUUGCGAAAAAAUGGGCUGGAAAUAUUACAUUCAAAAGCCAAACAAAGUUGAUCCAAAACCGCGCUCAUACGGAUCUAACUUUUCAUGGAAUAAACGUACCCGUGUCUCCACCAAGUGAUUUAAAAGUGAUAAAUAAUAGAAAUUAUUAUAAUUAGUCUUUGAAAUAUGUAAAUAAUUAUAAUAUUAAUAAUAAUAUAUAAUCCUAUGUAUACAAAUAGUAUGAUAUUCGGUUGAAUAAACUGAUACAGCGUACUCCUAACUUUACCGUUAACAAAGCAUAUAUAAUAAAAGAGAAUAUGACUGAUAAGGAA